AUGGACAGGACUAGCUUGGGCAGUGAAGGAGACAAUUCAAGCGGUUUUUUAUGGCCUCAGAGAAACUACACAUGUAGCUUUUGCAAGAGGCAAUUCAACUCAGCUCAAGCACUUGGAGGUCACAUGAACGUCCAUAGGAGAGAUAGAGCCAUGUUGAUACAGCUACCUUCAUGGGUUUUUGGAUGUCAAAACCCUAAACCUAAUUUUUCUUCCUCUUCUUCUUUAUCUCUAUCUUCAUCUCGUAGUACUUCAGCAAAUUUUUUGUCAUACCCUUGUACUCACCACCAUUCCUUGAUCUCCCCAUCCUUCACUUCUUUCUCUUCAUCACCUUCUAAGAACUCCGCUGCCCUUGAAUGUCCUCAACUCUCUUCUUCUACUCAACUGAGUGAAGAUCUAAUAAAGAAGAAGAGCGUGAGAGCUGUGGUUCAGGUUGAAGAGAUCAACAAGGGUUUUGCAGAGAAAUAUGAGCUUGAGGUUUUGAAGAAAAAUGAAGUUAUAAGCUUGGACUUGGAGAUAGGCUGUAAAGAUCCAAAGGAGGUUUUGGAUUUGGAGCUUCGACUCGGUUGUUUCUAGUUUCAUUAAUAAACAUUAAAUGAUCUUUUUGUCUUUGAUCCAUUGAUUAGCUUCUUUGAGUACUGCAGUCUCAGGCACCAACACCAUAGUUAUAUAUAUAGAAGCUGCUUUAGAAGUUAAUUAUAUUGAUUAUUAUGGGGUG